AUGGACCGUAACAAUAUAAUAUUUAGUGUCGUGCAAGAUAGAUCAAAGAUACAAACAUUUUCACCAACUCUAUUCGCAAUGGCAAAUCAACAACAGCCAACAGCUGAAAAAAGUGUUCAAACACAAGAUUCAUCUGAAUCAACAAAAGCAGUAUUUCUUACCAAUAACCCAGAGAACACUGCCACUGAAGUAGCUAAUACACUCGUAUCAAUGGCAACUGGCCAACAACGAGGCACAACAACAGUUAAACAAUUAAAUAUAAUUAAUACAUCAACUCAAUCAUCAUCAUUACCAAUUUUAUCACUUGCUGAUUAUACGACAUCACAUGGCGUUCCCACAGCAGCAGCAUUAGCUAAUCAAGCUAAACUACGACCUAGAAAACAAGACAAUAUUUCAGAAACUAACGACGAUGACGCAUCAAUGUCGACCGAUGAUUAUAAUCAAACAUCAAAUGAUUCUAAUUCAACAAUAAAAGCGUCACGAGGAAAAACAAAUAAAUCGACAUCAACAUCCAAAAGUAAAAAAGAACAACCCGACGAAUCUAUUCAAUACGGACCAAUUUUGGUUAAGCCAAGAAAACAUGUAGCGCCAACACUGGCCAAUGGUCGAAAGAGUAAAGAUGUAGUUCUUCCGCCUGAUGAAGAUUAUAAACGUAAACAACGUCGUGAUAGAAAUAAACAGGCAGCAGCAAAAUGUCGUAAGAAACGAAAUGAACUUCGUGAGCAAUUAGAAAAAACAGAACAAAUCUUAAUUGAACAAGAAGGAAAUCUUCAACGAUCAGUACAAACAUUAUCUGACCGUAAAAAUCAGCUAGAAACUCUAUUACAUCGUCAUACAUGUUUAAAAAAAUCACAUUUACCAAUGACCAAUACAACUUCAAAUACUCUUAAUAUAUCAAAAGCAGAUUUUAAAACAAUUCCAACAACAACAUUGUUAGAUUCAAAUAAUACUAAACGUGUUACUAUCAAUCUAACAAAUGCACAAGAUUUAUUUGGUAAUGCAUCCUUAACUCGAACAACCAAUGAUGCUUCAUCGUCAGGACCCAUGAUAACAAUACAUAUUUUACCAGAAGUAGCACAAGCAAUACUUGGUUCAACAUCGAUUGAUAGAAAUAAAUUAGCUGAUUUAUUACAACAAGCAAAUUCAACUAAUUCAUUUAUAACAACUAAUAAUAAUAAUAAUAAUAAUAAUAAUAAUCAUCAUCAUCAUAUUACAUUAGAUUCAAUAUCUUCAAGUAAUUCCACGAAUCGUACAAGUUGA